AUGUGGAUCGAAGCAUUCACACAAUGCCAGCGGGUGGCCUCCAAGGGUCCUCGCUCAUUGUUUGAAGGAGCUGCCAAACUGCCCCGCCAGGUGGCCGUCACUAUUCCACCACACUCAGAGAUGGUGGUUUGGACCUGCGUAACUAAUAAUGCGCCGGGGAAUCCAUGUACGGUGCUGGUGGAACCCCUACCUGGUAGUGAUAAUGAGUGGUGUAUUGGGUGCACUCUGGCCACCUUAAGUGGAGGCAGAGUCCCCUGUCGAGUAUGCAACCCAAAUCCCUAUCCUGUGGAGGUCCCCCAACGGGUACCCCUAGCCCGGGUUACAGAGGUGGAAACUGAUGACAUUCAAGGGGAACAGGAACUAGUUUUCAGCCAGGUGGAGCCUGAUGUGGUAGAAGUAGCGGUGAGGCGUGUGGGGAUUUCUGCAGAAGCUGAUGAGAAUCUUCACCCAAUAUUGUCCUUACAGGGGGAUGGCCUUACGGAGGAACAGCAGCAACAAAUGAACAAUCUACUUCGGAAAUGGAGCGGCAUCUUCUCCCAGCAUGAGGACGAUUUCGGUCGCACCAACAUAGUAAGACACCAGAUCCCCACAGGUGCCGGGAAGAGGGAUGCAUUGGCCCCUCUGUCUUUCAGGUUCUUGUCCCGCAUCAACGGAGAAUGGAGGUAUGGAAGGCGUACCAUGGAGAGAUGGGGCAUCCCGGUGGCGACCGGACCGCAUCCAUCAUCAGGGAACGCUGUUACUGGCCGGGGAUGA